AUGAGUGGGCGCGGCGGCCGGAGGGGGGAGCUGAAGCUGAACGUGCCGCCGCCGGUGGCGGCGGAGGCGUCGCAUAGAAGGAGGCGGCGGCGGAGGCGCUUGGAGGUGGAGUCGUCGUCGUCGUCGUCGUCGUCGGAGCCGAGCUCGUGCGUGUCGUCGGAGCCGGAGAGCGCCGGGGCGGCGGCCGCGAUGGUGCUCGCGGCGUGCCCGCGGUGCCUGAUGUACGUCAUGCUGUCGGUGGAGGACGAGCCCAAGUGCCCCAGGUGCAGCCGCGACGUCCUCCUCAACUUCCUCGGCGGCGGCGGCGGCGGCGGCGGCGCGGCGAAGAAGGCCAAUGACUUGGUUUAG